CUUCAGCUCUACUUUGAAAGCCUCUCUAUAGUAAUGCCUUCCCCAGUUCGGAGAACCCGGGCAUCCAUCUGCCCCACCCAGCUCUGGGUAAACAGGAAGCUGGGUGAGGGGAGCAGGGGUGUUUGGAAAGUCCCAGCCAGGUGUAUGGGUCUACAGGGAGGAGGUAGCCCCACCCCUAGGGUAUGAAAGCCCCCUGACUGUGGCCCUGGGCCAGUCUAGAUGGGGGCUUCAGAGCUGCAGAGCCGGGGUGAGACUCUCCAGAGGAGAGGCUGCCUCCUGCUGGCUGUAGCAGGAGCCACUUUCCUGGUAACCCUGCUGCUGGCAGUACCUAUCACUGUCCUGGCCAUGUUGACCUUGGUGCCCCAGGAACAGGAAAGCCGGGUAAUGGAGACGGCAGGCCUGGGGGCACAGCGCCAGCAAGGACUGAUUCCAGGGGUUCAAGAGGCGUCGGAGAAGGAGCCAGAAACAGAUCUCAGCCCCAGACCUCCGGCUGCCCACCUCAUAGGGGCUCCGGCGAAGGGCCAAGGGCUGGGCUGGGAGGCGGAGAAAGAAGAGGCGUUCCUGAGCAGCGGGGCGCGGUUCUCGGGCGCCGGGGGGCUGGCGCUGCCGCUGGACGGCCUGUACUACCUCUACUGCCAGGUGGGGUACCGGGGCCGGGCGCCGGCCGGCAGAGCCCCGCGGGGCGGCGCCUUCACGCUGCGCAGCUCCCUGUACCGCACCGGGGGCGCCUACGGGCCCGGCAGCCCCGAGCUGCUGCUGGAGAGCGCCGAGACCGUGGUCCCCGGCCGGGGCGCCGCGCCCUUCUGGUUCACCAGCGUGGGGUUCGGCGGCCUGGUGCGGCUCCGGGGCGGCGAGCGGGUCCACGUCAACAUCAGUCACCCCCAGAUGGUGGACUACCGGCGAGGGAAGACGUUCUUCGGGGCCGUGAUGGUGGGGUGA